AUGAUCAGGAAUACAAACACAGCGAACUCACAUCAAUAUCGAUCCGUAGAAGAGGCAUGUGAAUCGUCUCGUUCGACAGGGGAGUUUUCCUCUACGCAAAGCUUGGAUUCUGCGAUCCCAAUGGAACGAUUUCCCGAACCGCCGAAUUUCAUGGAGAGUCGACAGCAAAGGCGAGCAGUGAUUCUGUUCUCAAUCACCUCGAUGCUUCUAUUUGCGGACCAAAAUCUAAUGUCACCAAAUUUGACUGCAAUUGCGGAAGAUUUCGGCUUCAAUGAAGAGGAACGGGACAGAAAGCUUGGGGGUGACAUCAGUCUUGCAUUCUUUCUUCUCGGUGCUCCUGCUUCAUUUGUGAUUGGAUAUUUGGCCGAUACUGCCGACCGAUCUUUAAUUUUUGCCUGGACUGUGCUUAUUGGUGAAGGCGCCUGCUUCCUGACUUACUGGACGACGACAUAUCAAUCUCUGUACAUAUGCAGAGCUAUCACUGGAUUUUCGGUCGGAGGUGCUCUGCCCCUUAUAUAUUCCAUCCUUGGAGACUUGUUCGCAGCUGAAGAUCGCCAUCGAGUCAGUGCGAUAGUCAGUUUUGGAUGUGGUGCUGGAAUUUCUGUAGGACAAGCUAUUGCUGGAUACAUUGGGCCUACUUUUGGUUGGAGGCUGCCAUUUCUGUUAGUGAGCAUCCCUGCAGUCCUCCUGGGGUUUGCUGUCCUUUGGUUUGUUGAAGAUCCCCCGAGGGGACAAAUGGAACAAGCAGUUCUGAAAAAAAACCUGGAAGAUGGCAUUGCACUUGUAUCAGUGCCUUCAGAGUCGAAUGUUGCGCUUCGUGAAGAUUCGGACGAAAAGGCAACCGUUUCUGGGAGGGGUGGUCCAACAACAACUGAUAUGACACCGGAUACUUUCUUGGACGAUGAAAUAGCACAAGCUAGUCGCACUUGGGUGUACUAUUUUCGAACCCUCCAAACUCUGUUGUCGACUCCAACAAUGGGUAAGCAUUACGCAGUAGAUGGCAGCACGGUCUUACAGUCUCUUGAACUAUUCGUCCUCAACGUAGUGUUCCUUGUCUCCUCAGUACUGGCUCUCAUUCAAGGCGCAACUGGUUGUGUACCUUGGGGAAUUUUAAAUGUCUAUCUCACCGACUAUUUAUCGGAAGAUAGGGGAUUUUCGGUGGAAGUUGCUACUACCGUUCUCAUGUGUUUUGGGGUUGGGAAUACCUUAGGCUUGGUGCUUGGCGGGUCAUAUGGAAGUCACCUCUACAAGAUCGACAACAGAUAUCCCGCACUACUAGCAGGAUCUAUGGCGGUCCUGGGUUGUAUUCCAUUUUGGCUCUUGAUAAAUAACGUGGAUUCGUCAACACCUUUUUGGUUGGUGGUUCUGAUUGCGGGAUUGGCAGGAUUUGGAACAGGCCCCACGGGGGCAAUUGUGAAGGCAACUGUGACAAACAUAUCCCUCCCAAGGACACGAGGUCAGGCCUUUGCGCUCUUCACUUUAACAGAUGACUUCGGGAAAGGGCUCGGACCCUACUUUGUAUCGGUUCUAAUUGUCAGAAUGGGAGGCCGACUGGCAGCCUUCAACGUCGGGUUGAUGGGGUGGAUAGUUUGCGGAAUAUUCAAUUUGGCAAUGUACUUUACAGUAGCCAAAGACGAGGCGUGGAUACAAGCCGAGGUUGCUGCUGGAGUGUAA